UCGACGCAUCUAAAGGCUAGCAGACGCGGGUAAAAUUAAGCUGUUACCCCUGUUAUCUGCAGGCAGUUCAUACCUGUUGAUUAGACCACCUGGCAGGUAAAUCGCUUUGUACUUCCACCCGCUGUGUUUGGAAGACAGUCAAGCUUCCGAACAAGUUAUACGGUACAGGUGUGUCUUUGUUAACUGGACAGUGUACCUGACCUGACUAAGGGAAAAUACCUGGAUUUUACCUGGAGCGGAUGGUGGCUCAAUGCACACACCUUUGUAGUUGGUCAACUAUUUUACCUGGAUAUACGUACCUAUUGUAGAGAGAACCCUACCCCUAACAGACAGACGGCACAGAAUGAAUUCCACAACGACAGAGUCACCGAAUAGCCUGAAGGACUCGGACAUCGUCAUCAUUGCUUCCGUUGUCGGAGGUGUAGCGGGACUUAUCGCCCUUGUCAUUGUAUUUCUCCUCAUUUGUCAAAGGUUUAUCCGGCGUGAUCCACAUGUUGAGGAAAGAAAACAAAUGAUAAAUCAUUUCGGAUCCGGGCACAAUUCUUUCCUCUCACACGACUACAAUCCGCAACAAACAUACUUAUACGACAACAACGUCGGCAACACCCUAGAAUUUAGAGAACGACCGCCAUUAGCCCCAACAAGGUCAAGGUCGUUUCAGGAAAGGCGUGACGUGGUUGGUAACGGAUAUGACUCAAAAGGAUUUUACGACACGCAUGUCAGAAGGAGCGGUUCGCUGGACUUCGGACAGAUGCGGCUGUGGGACAACAAAUUUCCGGACAGCGCGAGAGUUCAACAAAAUCCAGAGCCAAUCAGAAGAUUACCCGAUGCACGUGGACCGGAAAAUCACGUGGCAACGCUGCCCAGUGGAAACAGGCUACCAGCGUAUCAUGUCCCGAGGCCUAUUGUUGACAGCAGAUUUGAACCAUUGUGGCAAGGAUCCGGGUAUAUGUGAGACGUUCAACACCUGAAAUUAAAAUAAAAACAACAACAGUCUAACUGUGAUCUGCCAACGAAAAGCUAGUGCUUGGGUGUGCAGAUGUUAAACUACGCUUUUUUUGUUCAUUUGUCAUUAGUCCAGUGUGAAACAUGCAAUGGAUGCGAGUAUUUUUGCGUACAAGUUCCGUUAUGUUUCGUUCAGUCUUUAUCUUCAGAAAAAUAGUCUUUAGCUCUGUCUGUGUACCAGUGGAAAAUGUUUUUGGUGUCCCAUGUUUUUGCAUAAGUCAUUCACUUAAAUGAUCCUGGGUGCAAGAUGACAUGAAAUUGUUUACAUAAUAUCGCUGCUAUUGUGGAUUUAUUGCGCCAUAUAAAUAUAGUUUAUUUUUGUCUUGGUGUAAAGGAAAUAGAGUACAGACAUGGCGAAAGCGAUGUUUUAGUGCUUUAAAUGUGUCGUGAAAACAUAUGUGCAUGGAAGGACGCAAGGGAGUCGUUUUACACUGUAUUUGGUUUUAAACUUAGAGCGGGUUAACACAAAGAAGUGUGACUUAAGAAAUUUAUUUAUUUAUUUGAUUGGUGUUUUACACCGUACUCAAAUAUAUUUCACUUAUACGACGGCGGCCAGCGUUAUGGUGGGAGGAAACCGGGCAGAGUCCGGGGAAAACCCACGUACGGCCAACUUAAGAAUCUUAAGAUAGGUGUCUUUUAUAUAUCCGUUGUUUAAGAGUAAAUGCCCUGCAAAACGUGCGCAUGUGUAGGCGAGGCGUGCCGGGGAGCAAAACCAUGUACAAGUAGCACGUUUGCAUGGGAAGCUGUAAAUGGUAGGAAAUGUAUGUUCAUGUGAGUUUUUUUUUACACUGGUUUUUGUGAUGAAAGUAAAACUUGGUUCUGCGAUAACGUGAACAUUUAUACAAAAGUUGAAUUGAUAAAGGCAAAAAAAGCAGUGUGACAUCAUUAUUGUAAACAUGCAUUUGUAAAUGGUCUAUAUCACGAAUACACGUAAACCUAUGCAUGUGCGACUUGCCUCCCCUGAAUAGUAAAAUGGAUUGGGACAUGAACCGUUUAUGGCUUAUCGCGUUUAUGGACAUGCGCACUUACAGGUCCUACGUGUACAUGAUUGCCACACCAGCAAGCGAUCCACGAAUUAAUAAAGCUUUAUCGGAAUUAUAUUAAUAAUUGUUAUAAUGUUUAAAUAUAUAUUUUUUAUGUGAUUAUAUGACUACUUGUACGUGCCUGUUAUACCACGCAGCCAUAAAUCACCUUAGUUUUCAAGAACCAGUCGCAAAGGCAUUCUUUCCUGCCCACAUAUAUUCAAAAUUGCAAAGUGUACAUGUAUUUCGAAGUGAUAUUCAGUUUAAAAGUUAUUUUUAAUUUAUUAUCAUUUUCCCUUUCUCUUGUAUUUUAUUUUGGGCCAAUGAUGAGUCUCUACAGCAUUUCAACAGCAUAUUUUGAAGUUGAACUACAUGUAGGAUUAUCUCCCCUU